GCGCCUGCGCGGGCGGAAGGCGGGGGCGGGGUCGUGACGCGCCUCGCGGGCGGUCCUCGGGCGCGCGCCGCGCUGCUUCCCUCGGGCCUCGGCGGUCGGUGCCAGAGACCGGCGGAGGCGGCGGCGAGCGGGUCCCUGCGGUCUAGAAAAACCCUGCAAAAAUGUCCCUCUAUCCAUCACUUGAAGACUUGAAGGUAGACAAAGUAAUUCAGGCUCAGGCUGCCUUUUCUGCAAAUCCUGCCAACCCAGCAGUUUUGUCAGAAGCUUCUGCUCCUGUCUCUCAAGAUGGAAGUCUCUAUCCUAAACUGUAUCCGGAGCUCUCUCAAUACAUGGGCCUGAGUUUAAAUGAAGAAGAAAUACGUGCAAAUAUGGCCAUGGUCCCUGGAGCACCAGUUCAGGGGCAGUUGGUAGCAAGACCUUCCAGUAUGAACUAUAUGGUGGCUCCUGUGACUGGCAAUGAUGUUGGAAUUCGUAGAGCAGAAAUUAAGCAAGGGAUUCGUGAAGUCAUUUUGUGUAAAGAUCAAGAUGGAAAAAUUGGACUCAGGCUUAAAUCGAUAGAUAAUGGUAUAUUUGUUCAGCUAGUCCAGGCUAAUUCUCCAGCGUCGUUGGUUGGUCUGAGAUUUGGGGACCAAGUACUCCAGAUCAAUGGUGAAAACUGUGCCGGCUGGAGCUCUGAUAAAGCACACAAGGUGCUCAAACAGGCUUUUGGAGAGAAGAUUACUAUGACCAUUCGUGACAGACCCUUUGAACGGACAGUCACCAUGCACAAGGAUAGUACUGGACAUGUUGGCUUUAUCUUUAAAAAUGGAAAAAUAACAUCCAUAGUCAAAGAUAGUUCUGCAGCCAGAAAUGGUCUUCUCACGGAACAUAACAUCUGUGAAAUCAACGGGCAGAAUGUCAUUGGAUUGAAGGACUCUCAAAUUGCAGACAUACUGUCAACAGCUGGGACUGUAGUUACUAUUACAAUCAUGCCUGCUUUUAUCUUUGAACAUAUUAUUAAACGGAUGGCCCCAAGCAUUAUGAAAAGUCUGAUGGACCACACCAUUCCUGAGGUUUAAAAGUCAUGGCACAACAAAAAUGUAGCUGAAUUUCUCCAGUUUCCUUCUUUGGCAACUUCUAUAUUAUGCACAUGAAGCUUUCCCAGAGCCAGCGAGCAUAUGCUGCAUGAGGACCUUCCUAUCUUACAUAUGGCCGGGAAUCUUACUGUCUCAUCUGAUAUCUUGUUCAGAUUCAAGAUAGUGGUAGCCUUAUCCUGGUUUUACAGAUGUGAAACUUUCAAGAGAUUUACUCACUUUCCUAGAAUAGUUUCUCUACUGGAAACCUGAAGCUUUUACAAGCCAUUGUGAUUAGGAUGACUGAUAAAAGCUUAGCUUUAUGUGAGAACCAGUCACCUUUCUCCUAGGUAAUGAGCAGUGCUGUUCAUAUUACUUUAGUUCUGUUAUAUUUGCAUUUUUAACGUGUUACCAUGUACAUUUAGAAUGAUUGCCUUCGAUAGUUUUUUUUUUAGUUUCGUGUGUGUGUGUGUGUGUGUGUGUGUGUGUAAAACACCUAUUAAGAACACUGGUUUCAUUCCAUGUAAGCAUUAUACAGUGUAUGUAAGGUUGCAAGAGAUUGUGAUGAUUGUCAUUAAAUUUUAACUACCUUCACUUAAUAUGCUUGAACUGUCGCCUUAACUAUGUUAAGCAUCUAGACUAAAAGCCAAAAUAUAAUUAUUGCUGCCUUUCUAAAACCCAAAUGUAGUUCUGGAAUAAACAGAAAUGUAUACUAGCCCAGACUGUUGAAUGGUACUUACUGAGCUAUAGCAUAGCUGCUUAGUUGUAUUUGAGAUUUUCUAGUCAAUGCAUAAUGGAAACUUCUUUCUUGUAAAAGUUGUCAGUAUCACUUUCUGAGAAAUGAAUUGCUAUAUAUUUAAUGUAAAAAUUCUUAUACUAAACAGGAUGAACUUUUGAGUCCUUUUUUUCAUUUGUAGAUUAAGUGGGAUAAUACUUAAUUUUGGCAUUGAAUCUUAACAUUAUGUAACCUAGCUACUUUGGGAUGGUCUUAUGAAUGUUUUCCCGGGAAUUUGUUCCAUUUCCUGACUCCUCCCUGCAAACAAAAUGGCAGUGACACUUUAUGCUGAUUUUUUUCUUCUUUUUGGUUUAUGUCUAUUCUAUUUUAAUUAAAUAUGUAUAAGUAAA